AGAAAUGAUCUUGACUUGUUGUUGAUUAAAGAAAUGUGUUGUUGAUGUUAUAAAAAUUACUAGAAAUGUAUUUUAUCUGAAAUAAUUUAGAUUUAAAUAAUCAGUAGUUUAAUUCUGUGUUAAUACUUUAUAUUUUUAAAUCACGAUGCGUCUAUAUAUAAUGAAAUAGUUUCAAGAUCUUAAUAAACUACAAAAAUGAAAUCUUUUAAGCUUAUUGUUCAUCAAUCGAGUUUUAGUCCGCUGGACUUAAUCAUUAACUUGAAAGACUACCCGGGUCUAAAGGAGAAAGACAUUGUUGAAAUAUAUCACCCUGAAAAUGAUUAUCCACGGUUAUUGCUGCAAGUAACUAAAGUGGAUGCUCCUGGGCGAGGACGAGAUACCAUCAGUGUGGAACAAAGCAUAGCCAUUACUUUCCAGCUGCGAACCUUUGCAGAUGUUUACGUGAACAUUGUAAAUGUGGCCGAUGUGGCCCUGGACUCUGUGGAGCUCACCUUCAAAGAUCAGUACAUGGGCAGAUCAGAAAUGUGGAGGUUGAAGAACAGCUUGGUCAGCACCUGUGUAUACCUGAAUAAAAAAAUAGAAUAUUGUGGUGGAGCUAUAAGAUGCCAAGUUUACGAGAUGUGGUCCCAAGGAGACAGGGUGGCUUGUGGAGUCAUAACUGAGGACACGAAGAUAGUAUUCCGAUCCUCCACGUCAAUGGUCUACCUCUUCAUACAGAUGUCUUCGGAAAUGUGGGACUUUGAUAUACAUGGUGAUCUAUAUUUCGAAAAGGCUGUAAACGGAUUUCUUGCUGAUCUUUUCGCAAAAUGGAAGAAAAAUGGCAGUAAUCAUGAGGUGACUAUAGUGCUGUUUUCAAGGACAUUCUACAAAGCUAAAUCGCUGGAAGAGUUUCCGCAGCAUAUGAAAGAAUGUUUGCAGAAAGAUUAUAGAGGCAGAUUUUAUGAGGAUUUCUACAGGGUGGCAGUUCAAAAUGAGAGAUAUGAAGACUGGUCAAACGUUCUCCUGCAAUUACGGAGAUUAUUCACGGAUUACCAAAAGAUUGUGUUACAGUACCACGAGAGACCGAACAUGGAAAUACCGACUGCCAUCAAUUCUACCGCAGCUCAAGGAAACUUCCUUGAAGUUUUGAAUAUGAGUUUGAAUGUAUUUGAAAAACACUACCUGGACAGAUGUUUCGACCGUACAGGCCAACUGAGUGUGGUCAUUACUCCAGGAGUCGGCGUGUUCGAAGUAGACAGAGAGCUAACGAACGUCACAAAACAACGGAUUAUAGACAAUGGAGUCGGAAGCGAUUUGGUUUGCGUCGGCGAACAACCUCUACACGCAGUACCGUUACUAAAAUUCCAUAAUAAAGACAAUAACCUGAACUCCAUUGAUGAUUACUCCAUGCCACAUUGGAUUAACUUAUCAUUUUAUUCUACAAACAAAAAAGUUGCCUAUUCGAACUUUAUUCCCAGAAUUAAAUUGCCUCCAAGAAAGAGUCAGGAACCGUUGAGGAAAAUGUAUGAAGAUGAACGCAAAGGGAAGUUGUUGAAGGAGGAUGAAUAUAUGCAUAAUUCUAUAUUUGAUUAUGAUGCGUAUGACGCUCAGGUGUUCCAGUUACCGCUGGCUCAUAGCACGUGUGUGCAAAGAAUAUCAAGAACUAAGAAGACGUCAGUGGCUGGAUUGGAAGGCAUCAGUCGCCGGAGCCCGCCCACUACCAGUCUACAUCACAGGAAGAUGUCAGAUCCUGAUAUACAUCAUACCGUUGCUGAUAUUCUUGCCAGCGGCAGUAAGUACAAACAAGGCGCCUACGACACAAACAGUGACGCGACGGACUCGCCCCUCUCAACCAACAGACUGUCCCCACGAAGUUCCAUAUCGUCCCACAAGCCGGUGAUUAGAACUGGGCGAGCGCUCAUCAACCCGUUCGAUCCUUCGCACGUUACUGUCAAACUGACGAGCAACAGACGUCGGUGGACGCAUAUUUUUCCUAAAGGUCCAACGGGCGUGUUGAUCCAGCAACAUCACUACCAAGCGCGUCCAGCCGGGGAACCUGCCUCCAGAACUGAAGACCAUCGCCUGGAAAACAAUAUUAAUAACAAGGAAAAUGGAGCAUCCUCCAUUAUCAAUAACAAUCACUCUAUUUAUCAGGUUGAUGGCAACGUAAUAGGCCGCAAGCGUAUGAUUACCGCUUCAGGCACAUUGGCAGUACUGGGCGUAGUAUCGGGCACCCCGUCCACUACCAACAACGCUUCACUCGCCCUACUUUGGGGGGCCACUGGAGAACAGGAGUGGACACCUGCCCUUACAACAGCGAACCGAGCUAUAGGUGUGGAUUGGAAAUCUCUAACGAUUCCGGCGUGUCUGCCGAUUACGACGGAUUAUUUCCCGGACAAACGGUCCCUACAGAACGAUUAUCUCGUCUCCGAUUAUAAUCUACUACCGGAUGACGUCAAUGCCGAUUUUGCACAGAACAGAGCCAUCUAUAAGGAACCUUUGACAACCAUGGAGGUUUUUAAAGAGCUCGUCUCUCAGCGAUUGGCUCAGGGUUUCCAGCUAAUAGUCGGUGUAAAUGAGAACGAGGUGAUAGAAGCUCACUGCCCGUCUACAGCGGCGCCUCCGCCGUCGAAAGUGGCGCCUCAGUGCGGCAAGCCGGUGAACUCGGCUCCCACUAAACGAUACCUCCUGUCUAUAGGAAGGAUCUUCCAUAAACUGACUCUGGUCGGGUCUACCAUCACUGUUACUAGAUAUAGACCUAGACACCCAUACCCGCCCUUCAACAUUCACUACCGCUACCGUUUCCACGCACCAAACCACGAUACAUACGAAGUAUCGUGGGUCUCUUUCACCACAGAGAAACUGGAGACUUACAACUGGAAUUACAUGGACCACUACAUAUGUACCCGUGGUGAUACAGACUUUGCCCUGGCAGAGGUGAUUGUUACGGCUCUAAAAUACUGGAGAUUCCGUACACUACUGCUGCCGUUAUUCAAUCCAGCCACUAAACAGAUUAUGGAUGACAAUGUCAUACAUUGUGACAUUUAUCCGACACCAACGCGCCACGAUCUGGACCAACUGACAGACGGAUUUCUUAAAAUGACAGAACAAUACUUCAAUAAGGUGAAACGUCCCAACAAGCAGAGGAUGGCGCUGGCGGGCGGCGGCGCGGCGGACUCGGCGCUCACGCGGCGCCGGCACUCCACCUCCAUCCUCACGCGGAGCGCGCAGGGCGGGGUGUCCAACUCGCCGUUCAGGGAGCGUGUGGGGAGCACGCGGCUGCCUGACCGACCGAGGCUACGGAUCGAAGCCAUGGCCGUAGCGAAAACUGUUUUGGAGAGAACACAAUCUCAGACUGGUGAAUGCGAUGAUACUUAUGAUGAUGGGGUACCAGAACCUAAAUUAAAAGCAAACUCGUCAUUGGCGGAGAUAGUGGAUCGCAUGCGCAACCCACAGUUGGGCGUAGGAUUCCUGCAGCAGACUGUCAGCUUGCCUUCACAUACGUUCGUUUCGAUAUACGCCAUACAUUGGCUGCAAGCUAACAUGGAAGGCGUCACGUAUGAACGAGCUAUGAAUAUUAUGGAGAAAUUACUACAAGAAAAGUUAAUAUGCCACGCAUCGGGCGAUACAACAAAGCGCUUUGUCGUUGGAUAUUACAUGUAUCACAUACUGCCACAGAAGAAGGAUAAAGAGGCUAUGCCAGACUACGUGAAACCUUUAGGCGACCUUCAAUCCUUCGAGAAUGAGUGGAUGGAAGUGGAAGUGCUGGGGCCGCGGUCGCCAUUGCUCCCGGCAGAGGCCACCACGGGGGCCAUCGACAUAUCCGGCACCAGCCCCGUCACUGACGACACCGGCGUGCCGGCCUUCCUCUGUGAUAACAUAGACCCUAGUUACAUGCAGUUGGGGUCUGAUAGUGAUAUGCCUCUAUACAAGAACACGCACUUGGACAUCGACGUGAACAACAAGAGCGACCGCAUCGAGUGGGGCCACGCGCGCUACCAGGCCACCUUCCGGCCGGACCAGGCCUACGAGAUGUGCAUACAGUGGGCCGUCGCCAGCGGGAACAUUGUCGCUGAACUGAUAUUCGGCUGGGCUCGCAAAGCUCAAAGCUGUAGACUACAAAUGGUGCCAAUACCAGCGGACCCGUUAGCGCUGCCAUUCACGUUGAAAUCCGAUCCGUUGAGGGGACCCAUCUACGUACCGUUGAACGAAGAACCUCUACUUAGAAGCAAAGUCACGUUAUUUGAAGGUUUCCCCGAAGACACAUGGUUGGAGCGCCUUUUCCUGUUCCAAGAAGCGAUUGUGGGGAGAUUUGGGUUUAUCAAAUGUACGGUGGAAAGUACAUCUCACGAAGCUGGAGUUGGUGACCAUUUAUACGUACACGUCACUGGAAACAUGUUCAUAUUGAUACCUACCACUGUCAAAUCUGAACAACGGGCGUUAAGGACCAAACCAGCCAACAAGCCGCUCAAUGCUAGCCGAUACCCUGUCCAUCCAGAGGCAGCUCCGAGUCCUCAUGAAGGCUACAUCACAAGGCAUGUCAGUGGAAAGAACAAGGAUGAUUAUGACAAUAGUCGCAGGAUGGGUUUCCUCUGGUCCUGGAAUCACAUGAUCUCUAAAAAGUGGAAGUCCGCACAAACUCCAGCGACGGGCGACGAAGGUUUCCAAAUGAGAAUGCUAAGGGACUUCAAACAUUUCUGUGCAAACCAGGAACAAAGGCUCAGCCAGUUCUGGGAUCAUUGCUGGGAAAUGCGGGAAAAGGCACGGAUGCAGGACUGUUAAAAUAUAAGCCAAAUAAAUACUUAUUGUGUUUA